UGCAGAGACGACUCCCAGUGAAAAGGAUGGAUUGGUAGGCUAAGCGAAAUUUUCACGAUGCAACCGAUUGCAAAUGUUUACGAACCGCUUGCUUUACAGAGAUCUUAUUUGUACUAUCUCAUUCAUAAACAUCCGCAAAUGCUUUAAAUAUAUUGCAAAUGCUUUGUUUAUAAGAAACUGGAAUUGUCUCGGUUUUCUAUGCACAAUUUUUUCCUGUGAAGCGAUCGCCUUGGCCAGCUCAAAACCGAUGGUGCUAUCACGAACUUCAAAGCAAGCUACUGUCACACAUGUAACCUAGGUUGCACAUUGUAUUUUUAAAUUUCGCAGAAACAAUUUGGGUUGUGAAACGACUUCCUUGCAGAAAGAUAAUUCCGUAAUUUAGUCCCAAGGAAUAACCAUGUCAUUUCAAACGAAAAUAAAGAAGGACAAGGAGAUUAUUGGAGAUUACGAGACUCAAGUGAAAGAGAUCCGUAACCAGCUGGUGGAGCAGUUCCGCUGUCUGGAGCAGCAGUCUGAGUCCAGGCUGCAGCUGCUGCAGGACCUGCAGGACUUCUUCCGCCGCAAGGCCGAGCUCCAGCUGGAGUACUCUAGAGGCCUGGACAAGCUGGCUGAGCGCUACUCAGCCAAGAUCCGCAGCUCCAGAGAACAUCAGCACUUGAAGAAGGACCAGAACCUUUUGUCAACAGUGAACUGCUGGUACAUGGUCCUGAACCAGACCCGGAGGGAGAGCAGAGACCACGCCACGCUCAGCGACAUCUACAACAACAACGUCAUCAUCCGGCUGGCUCAUGUGGGAGAGGAUGUCAUCCGCCUCUUCAAGAAGAGUAAAGACAUUGGAGUCCAGAUGCAUGAAGAGUUGGUGAAAGUGACAAACGAGCUCUACACUGUGAUGAAGACUUACCACAUGUACCACACAGAGAGCAUAAGUGCUGAGAGCAAAUUGAAGGAUGCAGAAAAACAGGAAGAGAAACAGAUCGGAAAAGCCAAUGAAGUGACCACCAGCCUCCUGCGUCCUGACGACCGCCCCCAGCGACGCAGUUCCGUGAAGAAGAUGGAGAAGAUGAAGGAGAAGAGACAAGCCAAAUACUCUGAGAACAAGCUGAAGUGCACAAAAGCUCGCAACGACUAUCUGCUCAACCUGGCAGCUACCAAUGCUCUGGUGGCCAAGUACUACAUCCACGAUGUCUCGGAAAUGAUAGAUUGCUGUGACCUGGGUUACCAUGCCAGCCUGGCGCGUACGCUGAGGACCUACCUGUCUGCGGAGUACAGCCUGGAGACGUCUCGCCAUGAGGGCCUGGACCUGCUGGAGGGGGCCGUGGACGCCAUGGACAUCCGAGGAGACAAGCACAGGGUCAUGGACAUGCACAGCCAGAUCUUCUGUCCUCCCGCACGCUUCGAUUAUCAGCCGCACAUGGGGGAUGAGGUGUGCCAGGUGAGCGCCCAGCAGCCUGUUCAGACGGAGCUCCUCAUGCGCCACCACCAGCUCCAGUCUCGUCUGGCCACGCUGAAGAUCGAGAACGAGGAGGUGAGGAAGACCCUGGACGCCACCAUGCAGACACUGCAGGACAUGCUCACUGUGGAAGACUUUGACGUGUCGGAUGCGUUCCAGCACAGCCAAUCAACGGAGUCGGUGAAGUCGGCCUCCUCUGACUCGUACAUGAGCAAGGUCAAUGUGACCAGGAGACGGGCUCACCAGCAGGAGACCGAGGGCUUCUACUUCACAAAAUUUAAAGAGUACCUAAAUGGUAGCAACCUGAUCAUUAAGCUGCAGGCCAAGCAUGACCUUCUGAAGCAGACAUUAGGAGAAGGGGAGAGGGCUGAAUUUGGAACAACGAGGGGAAGAAGGAAUGUCCGCUACAGGAGCCAGGACACAGGGCAGGCCAUCCCUGUGGUGGUUGAGAGUUGUGUACGCUAUAUCAAUCUCUACGGUCUACAGCAGGAGGGCAUAUUUCGAGUUCCAGGAUCCCAGGUGGAAGUCAAUGACAUUAAAAAUUCAUUUGAAAGAGGUGAGGACCCCUUGGUGGACGAUCAGAGCGAUCAUGACAUCAACUCAGUGGCAGGCGUCCUCAAACUAUACUUCAGAGGGCUAGAGAAGCCCCUGUUCCCUGAAGAACGCUUUCUCGACCUCAUAUCCACUAUCAAACUGGAGUCGGGGGCCGAGAGAGCUCAUCACCUCCAGCAGAUCGUAGUGACUCUGCAGCGUUCUGUCAUCAUUGUGAUGAGAUACCUGUUUGCUUUUCUCAAUCAUGUGUCCCAGUACAGCGAUGAGAACAUGAUGGACCCCUACAACCUGGCUAUCUGUUUUGGCCCCACCCUGAUGCCCAUACCAGACGACCAGGACCCUGUGAGCUGCCAGGCGCACGUCAAUGAGGUCAUCAAGACCAUCAUCAUUCACCAUGAGGUCAUUUUCCCGAGCCUUCGGGAGCUAGAUGGGCCAGUGUAUGAGAAGUGCAUGAGCGGAGAGGAGGAGUACUGUGAUAGCCCCCACAGUGAACCCGGUGCCUUAGACGAGGUGGACAAUGGCACAGGACCUCCCACCAGUGAUGAAGAGCUGGAGCAGAUUGAGGCCAUUGCUAAGUUUGACUACGUGGGCCGCAGUCCCAGGGAGCUGUCCUUCAAGAAGGGGGCCUCACUGCUGCUCUACCUGAGGGCCUCCGAGGACUGGUGGGAGGGCCGCCACAACGGCCUGGACGGCCUGAUCCCGCAUCAGUACAUCGUGGUGCAGGACAUGGACGACACAUUCUCCGACAGUCAGAGGCCUGAGCAUGAGAGCAGCAGUGGAGCCCACCAUGAGGACAGACCCUCCUCCAGGAAUGAGGAACACACACCGGAGCACCGCUUCGGGGCUGCCCUGGGAAGGGUGAGAGUGCGCUCGGAUGGAGCCGCCAUCCCCAGGCAUCGGAGUGACACCCACAGCCCCCCCACAGGUUCUGACCCCCCCCCUCGAGUCUUACCCCGCCCCUGCAGCCCUCACAAGAUGGCUGUCAGCAGAGUCCACGUGGACAGUCCAGAGAAACGCAGACUCACCACAUUUGGCAGUGCUGGCAGCAUUAACCACCCUGACAGGAAGGGGUUUGCUGACGGCCUCAGAUCCUCACCCAGCACCACCCGCCACAGCAGCUUGGGGGACCACAAGUCGCUGGAGACAGAAGCUCUGGCCGACGACAUAGAGAAAACGAUGAACACAGCCCUGCAUGAGUUACGUGAGCUGGAGCGUCAGAACGUGGCGAAGCAUGCCCCUGACGUGGUCCUGGACACCCUGGAGCCCCUGAAGCCCUCAGGGCCUUCAGAGAGCUCCGGAAGCCCCCUCCACACCAUGGCGAUCAGGGACCCCGACGCAGCCCUGCGGCGCAGCUCCUCCAGCUCCUCCUCCGAGACCAUGACCACCUUCAAACCAGCUCUGUCGGCCCGGCGACCCAACGCCCCUCUCAGGCCCCAGCCAGUGCGACCUGUCCGCCCGGCGCCUGUCCAUGGUCAGAGCCAGCACCACGGCCAGGGCCAAGGGCCCAGUCAGCACCGCUCCAGCAGCUCCAGCUCCUCCGGGCUGGGCAGCCCAGCCAUCACCCCCACAGACAGGGUGUUCCCCAAGGCCCCAUCCCCCUCCACCUCCUCGUCCUCCUCAGACAAACAGGGCAACAUGUAGGCAGUACGAAGCCCGGUGCACACUCACGUCAUCGCCUGAAGAUUGGCCACCAUCACAGUGUUGCGUUCCCAAGCCACAGUAGGGCCGCUGUAUUUCUACCCAUGUUGACGUUUCAGUGAAGUUCUAACGGGUCACUCAGAAGCACGACUAUAUAUUAAUCAUAUAACCGAACAAAUGUUACUCUAGUACACUGUGUGGGGGGUUGCCUCAGAAGUGAUGCACUGGACCUUUACAUGCCCUCGUCCUCUAUAGCACAGUAGUCCUCCUGAGGGUAUUAAUGUUACGUCUUCAAAUUCAAUCUUGAGCAUUGUGACUGCUGUGACCCUCCUGGACUGGGAUCACAUUUCUCGGUGGACUGUGAGACUAGAUCCAGACUUAAUGUCUCUCUAUCUCCAGAUUAGCCGUGUUACCUCAAGAAAAGAGAACAGAGUGAUGCACUGAUAUUGAUAGACUGAUACUAGCCUGUACUGGUAGAUCUUGUAUGUGUAUUGGUCCCCUGCCAGAGUCAGGUAGGUUCUGACGAUAUAUAAGGACCUGUGAAGCUUACCUGUACUUAUUGAACUAGAUUUCAGACUAUUAUCAGGCUCGUUGUUUUUUUGGGACUUGUACAAUAUAGGCCUUAAUGGGCUAGCUUGCUUAAGGUGGUGUUCCGUGUCUGUCUUAUAAAGGAUUAUUAGCAACAUGUUUAAAACGUAAUAGGUACGUUCAGAUAAAAAAAUAUCCAUAACAUUAAAAACUACCUGUAUGAAUAACAUAUGAUCAGAACAGGAUAUAUUAUUGUUCCUAGUGAGUAGAUUUUGUAACUCGUUGCACAGAUAUUGACAGAGCAAGUUACUAACUCUCGGGAAUCCUUCUAUAAAAUAUUCUCUUGAUA